AUGUAUGUCAGCAGUAGUUCCGAUGACGAAGACAUUGUAGUUGCCGCAUUAUUGGCCGAAGGAGAGAAAAAAAGAAGAAUGUGGGUUCAUCCCAUCAACCAGAAGAGAGCAAAUCUCGGAGAAUUCCAUCAUCUUUUCAGUGAUCUGAGAGAAGACGAGCACAAAUUUUUUCAAUAUUUCAGAAUGUCUCCUAGUAAAUUUUCAGAACUUCUCAAUAUUCUAGAACCUGCAUUAACAUUUCAAAACACUCCCUUCAGAAGAGCGAUUUCAAAAGAAGAGAGACUCGCUGUAGCAUUGAAGGUUUGCUCAAGUUUAAGCUUCCAGGCACUGGUCGACGGUGCGCUCACUUGUCCAGUCCAUCACGGCACGUUCCGAAUUUCGCCGGAUAGGAUCGGAGACCAGCAAUCCGUUCCGGCGCCGUCCGCUUCGGACUGA